AUGUCAAUCCUGGUCACUUCUGCAAAGUGGCUCUGGGAAAGUUUACUAGAUAAUAAUAAAGAUGAGACCACCACAACAACAACAGGUGAAUUAUCUGCCAUGUUUUAUUGCAAACCGUGCGAGUUACAUGUCCGAAGACUGGAGGGUUUCAGGAAGCAUCUCUGGAGUUUAAAGCAUGCUGUGCAAGAGGUUAGAAACUCUUGUACACAACUUGACCUUGUAACGAGGAAGUGGGCAAAGAACUACGCGGCCAAGCCUGAACAUGCGACAGCUAAAAUAGCCGUGUGGUGGGACAUGGACGACUGUCCCAUUCCCGAGGGUUACGAUGCUCGUCAGGUCCGUCCGAGCAUAGAAGCGGCGUUCGAGAAACUAGGCUACUCUGGUCCUGUCUCCAUCACUGCCUAUGGCGACCAUAAACGAACCCCUACUCGACUCCUGCGAGGGCUCUCUUCCACUGGAGUCGCUCUUGCACAGACCAUUCGCCAGGUCAUUUACAAGCGCAUGAAUGCAUACUUGAUGGAAUGGCGAGAUGAUAAUCCUCCUCCGGCUACGAUAAUGCUCAUAUCCGAUCAUAUGGAUGAUGGCAUCUCACGUUCUCUUGUCUAUGAACAACAACUGAAGAAAUACAACAUAUUUCUGGCUUAUUCAUAUAGGCCUUACAAAAUGUCCGCCCUAGUCACUUCUGCAGAGUGGCUCUGGGAAAGCUUACUUGAAGUUUCAGAGACGACAACACCCGUUCUUGACAAGUGCAGUGAAAGGAGUGAAUCUACCGGAAUGUUUUCUUGCAAAGUGUGCUUUGAUGGUUACAAAAGCUUUGAUGAUUUCAGGAAGCAUCUCUCAAGUGACGAUCAUGCAUCUUUCGUGGCUAGUGUUCUUUCGCUUAUUCGAUUAAACCAGCAAAAUCGAGGGUACUCGAUAUUAAGAGAUUUACGAAAGGGGCGAACGUUUUGA